CGCCGCGAGCGUCAAAGGCGCCACCGCCUGGGCGCGGCUAAGCGCCUGAGUGACAGGGGGAGGUGUCCAACCCGCGGCGCGUGUGGGCGGCUGGCGGUGUGGGCGCGGCGUGUGCGGCAGGCUGAGCUGCACCGCAGCGCAUACACUACAAUGGCUGCUGGAAAGAGGGGAAAGCAAACAAUUUCCAGGCCCGCAGCGUCCAGCCCGAAAUAUGGGGAAAAAAUUACAGAAAAAUCGGAGAACCCUGUAAAAGGCGGGAAGAGCGCGCGGAAGGGAUGCUGAGGCUCCCACGAUCAGCAAAAAUGGGAAGCACUGGAUUCUGGUUUGCUCCUAGACAUAUCAGUGGAACUGGUUAAGACCAAAAUCUGAAGGUUUUUCUUCGUUACCCAUCACCAGGUGUGCACUGAACAGAGGCUACCAUAAAUCUAUUUUGAGUAUGAGCACCUUUUAAAAUGUCCCCUUUUGCUUUCUUUAACGACCACAUGAAACUUGAGAAGCCAUCUAAAGCUAAAUCAUUUAGUGGAGUUGGGCAGUUCCCAAGUGUCCAACAAGAAGGCCUGGUUUAGGCUGCGAUGGCCACUGUCAUUCCUGGUGAUUUGUCAGAAGUAAGAGAUACCCAGAAAGUCCCUUCAGGGAAACGUAAGCGUGCCGAAUCCAAACCAAGAAAAAACUUUCCUUGCCAACUGUGUGACAAGGCCUUUAACAGUGUUGAGAAAUUAAAGGUUCAUUCAUACUCUCACACAGGAGAGAGGCCCUACAAGUGCACACAACAAGACUGCACCAAGGCCUUUGUUUCUAAGUACAAAUUACUAAGGCAUAUGGCUACUCAUUCUCCAGAGAAAACCCACAAGUGUAAUUAUUGUGAGAAAAUGUUUCAUCGAAAAGAUCACCUAAAGAAUCACCUACAUACACAUAAUCCCAAUAAAGAAGCUUUUAAGUGUGAAGAAUGUGGAAAGAACUACAACACGAAGCUUGGGUUUAAGCGUCACCUGGCUUUGCAUGCUGCAACAAGUGGUGAUCUCACCUGUAAAGUAUGUUUGCAGACAUUUGAAAGCACAGGGGUGUUGCUGGAGCACCUAAAAACUCAUGCAGGCAAAUCAUCAGGUGGAGUGAAGGAGAAAAAACACCAGUGUGAACAUUGUGAUCGUCGGUUUUACACCCGAAAGGAUGUCCGAAGACACAUGGUUGUACACACUGGAAGGAAGGACUUCCUCUGUCAGUAUUGCGCACAGAGAUUUGGCCGGAAGGAUCAUCUAACACGGCAUAUGAAGAAAAGUCACAACCAAGAACUUUUGAAGGUCAAAACAGAGCCAAUGGAUCUUCUAGACCCAUUUACCUGCAAUGUUUCUGUGCCUAUAAAGGAUGAGCUGCUUCCAGUGAUGUCUUUAUCUUCCAGUGAACUGACAUCAAAGCCAUUUACAAACACUUUACAAUUAAAUCUCUACAACACACAAAUUCAGUCCAUGCAGAGCUCAACAUCUGCACACCAAAUGGUUGCCACAUCAUUACCUUUAGGAAUGCCUUGUCCAAUAGAUAUGGAAUCUGUCCACCCUUCUCACCAGCUUUCUCUAAAAUAUCCACUCAGUUCUACCUCAUACACAGUUUCUAUGGCUGAUAAAGAGCAACCAUUGAAAGGGGAAAUUGAAAGUUACUUAAUGGAACUGCAAAGUGGUAUGCCUUCUUCAUCCCAUGAUUCUCAAGCGUCUUCAUCUAAAUUAGGAUUAGAUCCUCCAGGAGGUCCACUAGAUGAUGUGUCUGGGGAUGUUUCCCUGUCCAAAAGUUCUGUAUCUAUUAGUGAACCUCUAAAUACCCCAUCACUGGACUUUUCUCAAUUAUUCAAUUUUAUACCAGUAAAUGGACCUCCAUUUAAUCCUUCUGUUUCUGUGGGAAAUCUUGGAAUGAGUUACACACAAGAGGAAGCACAUUCAUCAAUGACUCAGCUUCCUCCACAGGCACAAGAUCCACAAGACCCUGGUAAUGGUAUAGGUCUUGGGUCUUUGCAUUCAUUGUCAGCAGCUUUCACAAGUAGUCUAAACACAACCACAACUCUACCACGUUUUCAUCAAGCGUUUCAGUAGGAUGAAAAAAAUGGCCUUGUGACAAGUUUAUUUUUAGAAAUGCCUUAGAUGACUUUAAGGUAGUGCCUACUAUGUCAUUUGUAAAUCUACUUUUGUACAGUACCAGUCUCAUUAAGCCAGUAUGAAAUGCAAAUUAACUUUUAAAAUAUUUUGAAUGUGUUCAUUCACAGUUGUUUACUUCAGUUUUUAAAAUAGUGUAUGUAUUCUUACUGCCAAUAGACCCACACUUUAAAAAAAUAGAGAGAGAGAAAUACAGUACUAUUCCCAAAAUAUUACUGUUUCAAAGCAUUAAGGCCUGAUAAUUCUGUUUGUUGGUGAAAAUUUAGCUAUUUCACUACCUGUAAGGAGAGCAAAAGAAUAUCAUUAUGUAAUAGGUUCUUUAAAUUUCUAUCUUUUUUAUAACAGGAGAAUAAUUUGUGGCUUCUUUAUGAAAAUUUGAACAUUUUUUUUACAUGAAGACUUCUUGGAAGUUCUGAACAUCUUGCCACUUUUCCUUAAACAGUUUCACAGAAGUAAAGAGGAACAGCCCUAUCAUUUAAGUGCAAUUACAAAUUAGUAAAAUCUGGCAAUAAAAUAUGCCUAAUUGGCAUGAUUUGAAAGAGACAAAAUUAGAGCUGAACUUGAAAGAGAAAUAAUGUAAUAAAAGUUCUGUUCAGCUAUUAACCUGGAAGUGUGCGAUUGUGAUGGGAGAUCAUCCCUGCUCUUGACUCAGUAGCCAGACUCAUUUGCAUAUUCAGUGCAGAGGUCUGCAUAGGCAAUUGUAAGCAUGUAAACUUAACAUGCUUAGUGUUUCUGUGAUCGGGGUUCCUACCUUACUAGAGUUCCUGAUCAUGGAAACAUUGUAAGCACAUUCAGCUGAAGAUGUUUACAAGCUACCUCUGCUGACUGUCAUGAUAGGUAUGUGAAGAUCUGUGUGACUUAUGGAUGGAAUGAGGACAUGAGAAGAAGACUUACUUGCCUCCCUAUGUCCCCACAACAUAGUUAGCUCCACAUGAUUUCAGUUGUCAUGCAUGACUAGGGCUAUACCUUUUUCAACUAUUAUACAUACACCUUUUGAAGCUCUUUGAAAAGUGGGGUCAGGUCCAGCUAUAGAUUUCGUGUGUGGUCAGUUUGAUUAGUGUGCAGUCAAAAAUGAAUGUAAAUUUGCAAAGACAUUUUCCGUAUUUUCAUGUGAGUAGAAGAUCUCUUGAAUAGUAAUUUGUGGUGUGUCAUGUCACCCUAAGCAACAACUUAGGUGGUAAUCACACUUACCACACCUUGGGUAUUUGGCUAGUGAUUUUAUUCAAUGCCAAGAAUUAAUAACAGGACUCCUAGGAGUGAAGUAAAAGCAUAUUGCUUAUGCCACUUUUACCUAAUAUACAUGGGUAUUUAGGAGAAGUAUCAACAAAAUGGCUACUCAUGGUGUAUGUCCAGUUGCUGUUCCUUUUCAAGACAUCUUAUAGUCUCUGUCCCUGAAAACCAAAAGAGGGAGAAAGUGAUCUGCAUGCAAAAUAUGGUCUUGAUAUAACUCGGUAAUCUUCUGUUCAUUAUUUUAAGGAAGAAUUUAAGAACACAUAAUCUGCAGUAACUGUAUGAAUGAAUACAUGGGUUUAAGUGGUUAAAAUAAAUAUACUUCACAGGAACAAAAGUUGCUCCCAUUGAGGAGCUUUGGCUCCCAAUAUUUGUAUCAUUAGUUUCUACUUUUUUAUUGUAGGAACAAUAUGCAGGUGUGAUUUACUAUUUUAUACGGAUGUAUUUAAAUUUUAUUAAUGAAUGGUAACUUUUUAUAAAUGUUUGUUCCAAAGGCAUUAAAAUAAGGAUGUAUUAAUAAGGAAAAUACCUUUUCAAAAUUCUGCAAGCUGCUCCAAUAUGUUAUGAGAAUACUUUCUCAAAGUAGACUUUAGCUCUGCUGCAAGAUUGCUUCCUUUAGUUUCUAUGAAACAGAUUUUUAAAAUAUAUCUACAGUGGAAUGAUUUGUUCAAUAUUGCUUUACAGCCUUUAAGCACCAUCCUUUUAAGGGGAAACAAAAACAGAUCAGGAGAAAAUUGGAAACAUUACCAAUCUACUUUUAUGAUCCAAAUAGCAAUAUGUAAAUAGAAAUUUCCUCCUUUUUUAGCAGAAAGGAUAGAAAUGCCUCAUCUCUUCAAAGGAGUCGUAUAAUUUGCUUUUUAACAAAUGUUGAAUAGCUUCAACACAUCACAGAAGCCACACUUGAGAGUCUGGUCUCCUUUGUCACUUAUCCCUUACUUACUCAAAGCAGACACCAUCAAAAAUUGUUUUAAAAGCAUUUCACUUGUUUCAGACAUAAGCUGAACUAGUUAUAACCUUUCAGAUUUUAUCAAAAGCUUACCACUACAUUGCUUAUGGUAUCUGACAGGUACAAAGCAUGUUACAACAAAGUUAUCUGUUUUCAGUGUUAGUUGCUGGUUAACAUGAUUUUUUUAAAAAAACUAGUUUUUCCAGUACUCCUUAAUAUAAUAGAAGGCUCCAUAUUAUUAUGGCAGUUUCUUCAGGUUCUGAAAUGAGAUUAAUUAGAAAGACAGGUGCAUUUCAAAUUAACCUCAGACAAGAUAUUGAACCUCAUUCAGUUAGUACUUCAGUAGAUAACUACACCUUGUGUGCACAUCACUGAAGUAAGAUGUAUGGGUUAAUGGAAGCAAAAUGACAGUGUAGGCAUUAUUUACACAUUAGUGCUUUCUGACUAUCAUUUAGGCAGAGACACAGUUGGGAACUUUAAAAUGUCAAUUUUAAAGUGUAUUUUGUAGUUACCAGAUUGAUUCUUAAGAAUGGAGUGUGGCGUGUGCUGGCUGAUCAUACACCACACUUACUGCAAGUUCUAAACUUCUGUUAUGGAUUUAAAAAAUAUUAUAUAUAUAAUUUGCUUGUGUUUUAUUAGUACUGAAUUGUGGAAUAGAGUGAUUUAUUCAUUUGGCAGUAGAGGUUUUCAAAAACCAUAUACUGACUAAAACAUGAGCCAGACCUGAUUGCUUUAUUAAGCUAAUAAUGAAUGUUAAGAGUACAUAUUUUCAGGAUCUUUUGCCUAGUGAGCUCUAUAUGUAUUGUAGGCUGUUGUUGUGUGUGUGUUUUAAACUAAAGCGCGAUCAACUUCUGUGUUACACAUAAUACAAGAUAUAGCACUUUCAAAAAGAAAACCUAAACCGUAUAAAAGAGAAUUUCUUAUGCUUUCUAUUAUAAAAUCUAUUAUAAUUUUUCAAGUGCCAUUAGAUGACAUAUGUGGGCCUUUGAUAUAAUGCUUUGGGUACAAAAUGAUAAACAUUGUAACUUUUAACAGGUACAGCUUAAAGUGUUUUUAUAUCAAUUUGCUAUAUUGCACAGAACCAGUGUGUCUUUUAAUAAGGGUUUUACAGUAGAUUCCUGGGUUCAAUCUAUGCCAUCUUCUACUGCCAUUUAAUACCAGUCCAAAAACUGAAUGGUCAAAAAUAAUUAAGUGUGUACUUAGAUCUUACAAAUGUCAGUCAUAUGUCCUCUAGUGCUAGUUAAGUCCCAUACAUUUCAGUGGGAAAUACAUGAGUGAAAUUAGGCACAGGCAUUCAACCUUACAGCUGAAUCCUAUAUAUGCUUACUUGGGUGAUCCACUAAAUUUGAUGGAAUUUACUUAGAAGUAAAUGUGCUUAGGAUUGCAACUUUCAGAAUGUUUAAUAAGCAGUACUCUGCAGUUACAAUGUCCUGCCAUAGCUAUGCUGCUUCAGAUUCAACAUAGGGUUGAUCCUGUGCCUGUAUAUAAAAAAGGAUUAAGCUCUUAAUUAUUUGUCUCAUACACUGGUUUAGCAGUUUAAAAUGAUGUGCCUCCUAGUACCCUGUUUCCCCUAAAAUAAGAUGUAACCUGAAAAUAAGUCCUAGUAUGAUUUUUCAGGAUGCUCGU